AUUUAUAGAAGUGGAUAAAUUUAUACUGUCCCCCAAAAUUUUAUUUGUCAUAAAAUCGACACCCUUUUAGCAAAAUGAAAAAGUUUACAUUUAAAGGAGUCUUAGAUGGUUUUCGACAAAGUGUUCAGCCGCAACAAAUUAAGCAGGAACAAGAAAUACAGGAGCAACUGAAACCAGAACAAUUUAUGCUCAAAAAGACUUUUCGACAUGGUUUUCCUUAUUCACCUACUGCAUUUGCUUUUGAUCCCGUACAAAAAUUGAUAGCAAUUGGUGAUAAAUCAGGUUACCUACGAAUACUUGGAAGACCUGGCGUUGAUGCACAUGCUAAACAUGAAGGGGAAUCGGCAUGUGCUGUUAUCUUAGUCGAAUUCAUUAUUAAUAAAGGUGCACUUGUUACUGUUACCGCAGAUGAUACCUUACAUUUAUGGGACAUUCGCCAGAAAACACCUCAUAUUGUACAGAGCCUUAAAUUCCAAAGAGAAAGAUUAACUAGUAUUCAUGUACCGGUUGGAAGUAAAUGGAUACAUGCUGGCACUGAGAAAGGAAAUGUUCAUAUAGUGCACGUAGAAACAUUUGCUCUCAGUGGCUAUAUAAUAAAUUGGAAUAAGGCAAUUGAAGUGACUCGAACUAGUCAUCCAGGUGCUGUUAUUGGAUUAUGUGAUAAUCCAACAGAUGCUAAUAAGUUAUUAAUUGCAUUUGAAUGCGGACUUCUUGUGUUAUGGGACUUAAAAGCAAGGUGUGCAGAAAUAAGAUGGCAAUCAGCAGAACCAGUUAAAUCUAUUUCCUGGCAUUAUGAAGGCAAAUAUUUUGUUUCAUCACAUACUGAUGGUUCCAUUUGUUCAUGGCCAUGUAGAUCUGUUGCGAAACCGCAAUCGUUUGUUUAUCCUCAUGCAAAAGUUCUUAAAGAUGGCAGCUCUGAAAAAUGUCAACCAAUUUUUAAAGUAGAUCUAAAAACAUCACCUGUUGGAGAUACAAUAACAAUUUUUUCUGGUGGAAUGUCAUCUGAAAAGUAUGUCAAAUCAAAUUGUGUUACAGUUAUGGUAGGAAAAACAACGACUGUUUUAGAAAUGGAGCACACGGUUGUAGAUUUUAUAACGCUUUGCGAAAAUCCAUGGACAUGUGAGUCUCAAGAACCGUAUGCAAUAGCAGUUCUUCUUCAAUAUGACUUGGUAUUGAUAGAUUUACUUACUCCCGGUUUCCCUUGCUUCGAGUCCCCUUAUCCAAUGGAUUUACAUGAAUCACCUGUUACAUGUUGCACAUAUUUAACCGAUUGUCCUUCGGAUUUGGUUCCUGCUUUUUACUCUGUGGGCCGCACAACUACUAGCAAAAGCACUGGAUUUUCGGAAAGGGAAUGGCCUAUAUCAGGUGGAGAGUGGGCUCCAGCAUCUUGCAGUUACUCGGAAAUCGUUAUCACCGGUCACCAGGAUGGUAGCUUGAAAUUUUGGGACUCAAGUGCAGGAACAUUGCAAAUUUUAUAUAAACUUAAAACAGCCAAAAUAUUUGAAAAACCAAAAAAUUUAAACAUCGAUGAUGGUACUGACAAUCCACUUGGAAUACAAAUAAUAUAUCUUUGUUCGGAAUCUCGAAAUUUAUGUGUAGCGGGAGCAAUGGGUCAAGUUCUUUUAUUUAAAUUUAGAAAGGUCGAAUCAACUUCGGAGAUACUAGUUUUAGAAGUUCCAAUAAUUUACGAAAAUUAUGAAGACAUAUAUGGUAAUACUCCGGAGUGUGAUUUUAUUCCACAUCAAGUACAUAAAACGGAUUCAAACGAAUCAGAAAAGAUGGAUCAUCCUUUAAAAGUCAAAAUAGGUCCACAAAGAAAAUCACCAGGUUUUCAGUGCCAACUUGUUUGUAUAACUAUGGGGUCAAAUAAAGUCUAUAACCAAAUAACUUCGUUAUGUAUAAAUUCAUGCUUUGAAUUAAUGGCAUAUGGCACAGAAUAUGGACUUGUCGUAGUGGACAUUGUACAAAAAAUAUGUUUACUUAGUGUUGUAUGUCCUGAUUUGUAUGGUGCUCAUGAUCCUUUUUUAAGAAAUCCGAAAAGUCCAAAACGAACGGAGAAUAGGGAGGACCAAAAUCGUUCACCAGGCUCUGAUCAGCUUAACGACAUUAGAAGUCCUGAGAGCCCAUCUAUAGAACAUAUUCUCGAAGAAAACGAAGCACAUUCAUUAUCUUUUCCAAAUCAGUCAAACUCAUCGCGUUCAAUUUCACCUGAAACUGACCUAAACGUUACAAAAAAUAUUUUACAAAACGAAACGUCAAUUUUGAAUAAAGAAACACAGCCAGACAGACGAAAGUCAAUGUCAUGGAAAACUUUUAAUUUUAAACGUCAAUUAUCAAAAGUCAAUAUUAAAAUUGGGUAUAAUCCUAAUAAUGAAAAUGAAUCAAUGAAGAACAAUUCUGUAUUUUAUGCUCCAAAGGAGGGCUCUCCUGAGGGUAUAUGUGAUGAUAAUAUUGAAGUUGGUGAUACUGCUUUGGGCUAUAAUGAUAACAUAAUAAAUUCAAGUACAACUAUAGAUGUAAAUAAACACGAUAAUGCAUCGAAAACAAUCAAUAAAUCUGUUCCAAGUACGUGCGAAAAGCAAAGUACAUACUUGUUGAAAACAGCUGUUAUGCCCACAACUAGCAAAGAAAAUGAUGUAAAUAACUCAAAAGAGCUUGGGACGUUAAUAAAAGAUGUAGAUUCUAUAAACACUGAUAGUUGCAAUAAACAAGCUUCUAACGCUAGGCCAUGUGAAUUACCUUUGUCGCCCUCUAUUGUUUCUCCAAUAAAAUUAAGUCGACUAAACUUAAAAGAUAAAAGAGAACAACGAUUAUUAUCAGUUCCCAAUAUUAAAUAUCAAAUGCGAGAUUAUAGAACGCGUCCAAAUCUGCAUAAAACUGACGUUUCACCUUCAAACAUUGCAAAUUUUACGAGAUUAGAAUAUAAAAUAGAUGGGUCUUUUUCACGAUCAAGAUCAUCAUCAAUAUCAAGCAUUGACACGUCUUCCGCAGAAUCAGUGACCUGCUUAGCAUUUAUUGACAGUUAUGUGAAACGAAAUGAUGCUUUGUCACUGUAUCCAACUUUAUGGGUGGGAACAAGUUUUGGAUCAGUCUUGACAUUGUUGAUAACUAUGCCAGACCACGAGCAAAGAAGAUGUCAACCUGUUCUAGUUACAAUUAACGGUGGCCCAGUUAUACGACUAAAAGGUUCCAUUACAUCAAUGUCGUUUUUAGAUGCAUAUGGAUCUAUUAUUCCCUAUUCUUUUGAACUUUGGCGAGAUGACAGCAGAGACUUAAAAAAAGACCGUGAGUUUUUAAAUUUUUUAUGA